AGCAUCAUCAGACUGCACCUUUUCCUCCUCGGGAGAACGGAGGAGAGAGCGAGCCAGAGUCAGACAGACGGAGAGAGAGAGAGAGAGAGAGAGUGGAAGAGAAAGAGAGAAAGGGAGAGAGAAGGUGGGGGAGAGAGCGGGAGGCAACAACACCUUGUCAUCUUCAGUAAUAGUUGUGUUCCUGUCUGGUCGUUUCCCUUUUCCCCGUCUUCUCCUCUCGCGGAUUCAAAAUCCACCUCAAAUGGGAAGGGAGAUCGAUGCGUCGCGCGCGGCACUGUUGCCACGGAACCACAGGAUGCGCGUGAGGUCGCUGGAGAGAGUGAUGACGCGGCAGUGAGAGACACACAUACCUCAACCUGCUGGCACACACUCACAUAUACACGCAUAUUUGCCCACACACGCUUUAAGUCUUGCCCCUCGAAGACAAGGAAGAGGAGAGAGGGGGAAAAAAUACUGCUAUGACGGUGUCAUUUCUCACCAUUACCAGUGUGUGAGCUGCACACACAAGCACACACACGCACACUUGCACUCCAUGGGGAGUUGCCUGCAUGGGGGAUAAGACCCUAUCUAGGGCACAAAGAUGGAGUUUGCAUCCUGUUUGUCCCACAUCUAACACACUAACAUACUCACACACAGCUGGAGUCUCAUGACUGAAAUAAGGAAUGAAGAGGAGACGCUGAACAUCGAAAAGACAAGACAAACACCAGGCCGAGGCAUCAGAAGAUGUUCAAAGGGUGUUAACAGAACUGAGGGUGCUGCCGUCUGACCCCUCCCUCCCUCUCUGGAGGUUCAUUGUAGCUGAGCUCUCUUUGGUUGAAAGCAUUACCAAGACAGCAGGGGGGACAGGUGACAGUGUUCUACGAAGUGCCCUGCAAUUGUCACCAUGAGCUGUAGGCCAGAGGGAACAUCCCAACUCUAGCCUCUAUUUAAUUUUGUGUGUGUGUGCGUGUGAGAGCGAGUGUGUGCAUGAGUGUAAUGGCGGUUUGCGUUUGGGCGGCAGCCCCCCUGCUCUUUCUGGGGCUGUGCCUGUGCAGCGUAGGGGGCCAGGCCCAAUUGGAGGUCCUGGAGUUUGGGGGCGUAUCCAGCCAGUGGGGGCGGUUUCCGGUGUGGAACGCCUGCUGCGAGAGCGUGCUGAGUUUCAGCCUGCGGACUCAGAGCCAGGAGGGCCUGCUGCUCUACCUGGAUGACGAGGGCUACUGCGACUUCCUGGAGUUGCUGCUUCUCCAAGGGCACCUGCACCUACGCUUCUCCAUCUUUUGUUCUGAGCCAGCUGAGCUGGAGUCAGGCGUGGCGGUGAGUGAUGGGCGGUGGCAUGCGGUGCGUGUCAAGCGGGACUGGAGGAACACCUCGUUGGAGGUGGAUGGGCAACUGGAGGGAUGGGCAGAAGUGAAGAGUAAGAGAAGAGACAUGACAGUAUUCAGUCACACAUACAUGGGCGGGUUGUCAGCAGAUCUCCUCUCCUCGCCGCUACGCACCACCUCACAGUCAGUGCGGGACUACCCCGCCUUUCGUGGCUGGAUCACGGCAGUGAACAUCAGCGGCUUGCUGGUCACGCUGGAUGGCUCAGAGGGCGUCAGGGUAACAACUGGCUGUGGGCCGGAUCACCAGUGCCAGAACGGAAGGGUGUGCAGCGUAGUCAACGACCAGGGCGUCUGCAACUGCUCCGACACCGGCUACCAAGGCAAUAACUGCAGCAAAGAGCACAGCUACACUCCAGGUCUGGCAAACCUGAUGGCUGGCGACCAAGGAAAACUCAACGCUCGUGAGGAUUUUGUUGCCACCUUUAAGGGCUCUGAGUACUUCUGCUACGACUUGUCGCCCAACCCCAUCCAGUCCAGCAGUGACGAAAUCACGCUGUCCUUCAAGACGCUGCAGCGCAACGGCCUGAUGCUGCACACGGGCAAGUCAGCCGACUACGUGAACCUGGCACUAAAGAAUGGUGCCGUGUCCCUUGUCAUUAAUCUCGGCUCUGGGGCCUUCGAAGCCCUGGUGGAGCCCGUCAACGGCAAGUUCAACGACAACUCCUGGCACGACGUGAAAGUCACCCGCAACCUGAGACAGCACUCAGGCAUUGGACACGCUAUGGUGACGAUCUCUGUGGACGGGAUCCUGACCACGACGGGAUACACGCAGGAGGAUUACACCAUGCUGGGCUCCGAUGACUUCUUCUACGUGGGAGGAAGUCCCAGCACAGCGGACCUUCCUGGUUCUCCUGUCAGCAACAACUUCAUGGGUUGCCUCAAAGAGGUGGUAUACAAGAACAACGAUGUGCGGUUGGAGCUUUCAAGACUGGCCAAACAGGGCGACCCAAAGAUGAAGGUCAGUGGUGUUGUGUCCUUUAAAUGCGAGAGCGUGGCAACGCUGGAUCCAGUGACGUUUGACACCCCAGAGUCAUUCGUGGCUUUGAGCAAGUGGAUGGCGAAGAAGGCAGGAUCCAUUUCGUUUGACUUCAGGACCACAGAGCCGAACGGGCUGAUGCUUUUCAGCCAUGGCAAACCCAGACAACAGCAGCGCAAAGACCCCCGCACUCCUCCUACCAUCAAGGUGGAUUUUUUUGCCAUUGAAAUGCUGGAUGGUCACCUGUACCUGCUGCUGGACAUGGGAUCUGGGACCACAAAGACCAAGGCCAUCGACAGAAAGGUCAACGACGGGGAAUGGUAUCACGUCGACUUCCAGAGAGAUGGACGCUCAGGAACCAUCUCGGUGAACAGCGUGAGAACGGCGUACACGGCUCCCGGGGACAGCGAGAUCCUGGACCUGGAUGACACGCUGUACCUCGGAGGACUUCCUGAGGAUCGUGCAGGACUCAUUUUCCCCACAGAGGUGUGGACAGCCCUGCUGAACUACGGGUACGUAGGCUGCAUCAGAGACUUGUUUGUGGACGGGCAGAGUAAAGACAUCAGGCGGCUUGCUGAGGCCCAGCGGGCGGUCGGAGUGAAGCCUUCGUGCACCAAGGAGCUGCCCAAACAGUGCCUGUCCAACCCCUGCCAGCACAACGGCAACUGCAGGGAGGGCUGGAACCGCUACGUCUGCGACUGCUCCGGCACUGGAUACCUGGGGCGCUCCUGUGAGCGAGACGCAACCAUCCUCUCCUACGACGGCAGUAAGUUUAUGAAGGUGCAGCUGCCUGUGGCGAUGCACACGGAGGCGGAGGACGUGUCGCUUCGCUUUCGCUCCCAGCGGGCCUACGGCAUUCUCAUGGCAACCACAUCCCGGAACUCUGCAGACACCCUUCGUCUGGAGUUGGAUGGCGGCCGAGUCCGACUCACUGUAAACCUAGACUGUAUCAGGAUAAACUGUACAGCCAGUAAAGGCCCAGAGACAAUCUUUGCUGGGUCGGGCCUCAAUGAUAAUGAAUGGCACACGGUGAGGGUAGUCCGACGCGGCAAGAGCCUCAAACUCACCGUGGACGACCUGCAGACUGUUGAAGGUCAAAUGGCGGGUGACCACACCCAGCUCGAGUUCCACAACGUGGAGACGGGCAUCGUGACGGAGAAGCGCUUCAUGCCCAUCGUGCCCUCAAACUUCAUCGGCCACCUCCAGGGCCUGACGCUGAACGGCAUGCCCUACAUCGACCUGUGCAAGAACGGCGACAUUGACUACUGUGAGCUGAACGCCGUCAUCGGCUACAAGAGCAUCGUGGCUGACCCCAUCACCUUCCGCUCCCGGUCCAGCUUCGUCACGCUGCCCACGCUGCAGGCCUACUACUCCAUGCACCUCUUCAUGCAGUUCAAGACAACGUCCCCAGACGGUCUUAUUCUCUUCAACAGGGGAGACGGCAAUGACUUCAUAGUCAUUGAGUUGGUUAAAGGCUACCUUCAUUACAUCUCUGACCUGGGAAACGGAGCGCACUUGAUCAAGGGCAACUCCAACAGUCCACUUAAUGACAACCACUGGCACAAUGUGCACAUUUCCCGGGACACAAACAAUCUGCACACGGUCAAGAUUGACACCAAAGUUACCACUCAGACCACAAUGGGAGCCAAGAACCUUGACCUAAAAGGUGAUCUGUACAUCGGGGGCGUUACCAAAGAGAUGUACCGUGAGCUGCCGAAGUUGGUUCAUUCCCGGGAGGGAUUUCAAGGCUGCCUGGCAACAUUAGAUCUAAAUGGCCGCCUUCCGGACCUCCUUGCUGAUGCCUUGACCACCAUGGGGCAAGUGGAGAGAGGUUGUGAAGUUACAUUGAUGAAAGCUGACCUGCAAGGUCCCAGCACAACAUGUCAAGAAGACUCCUGCUCAAAUCAAGGAGUCUGUUUGCAGCAGUGGGAGGGCUUCACCUGUGACUGCAGCAUGACAUCAUACGCCGGGCCGCUCUGCAAUGAUGCUGGGACCACCUAUAUCUUUGGCCGGGACGGCGGUGUGGUGAUUUACACGUGGCCGCCUAAUGAGCGUCCUAGCACCAGGGCGGACCGACUGGCUCUUGGCUUCAGCACCCAGCAGAAACAGGCCGUUCUACUCCGAGUGGACAGUUCAUCUGGCCUUGGAGACUACCUUCAGCUGCAGAUAGACAAGGGCAACAUCAGGGUGGUGUUCAAUGUCGGCACAGACGACAUCAACAUUGAGGAGAGCUCCAAGUUCGUCAAUGACGGGAAGUACCACGUAGUCCGGUUCACCAGAAGCGGUGGCAACGCGACCCUGCAGCUGGACGACCUGCCGGUCAUGGAGCGGUAUCCUUCAGGCAACAAUGAUAACGAGCGCCUGGCCAUCGCCAGACAGCGAAUCCCCUAUCGGCUCGGUCGAGUAGUUGACGAUUGGCUACUCGACAAAGGUCGCCAGCUGACCAUCUUCAACAGCCAGACGACGAUUAGUGUCGGCGGAGGCGAGCAAAGUUCUCCAAUGUUCCAGGGCCAGCUGUCCGGUAUUUAUUACAACGGCCUCCGCAUCCUGAACAUGGCCGCCGAGGGCCACCCGCACAUCAGAGUGGAGGGCAGCGCGCGGCUGGUCGGCGACAUGCCGUCCUCCUCCAUCACGCCGCAGUCCAGUGCCGCAGCCGGCGGCAACCGGUCAGACUCCGCCCCCUCGAUCAGUGACAUCACAACCACCACGGCGACGAAUAAGAAGCAAAUUGUGACACAGACGAUAGACGACCUGCUGGUUGCGUCGGCCGAGUGUCCGAGCGACGAUGAAGACAUUGAUCCCUGUGACAGCUCAGCCCGCCCUCCACCGCCAGAUGUGAAGGUGUUUCCUGGUCCGUCCGAGGUGGUGCGGGAGAGCAGCAGCACCACCGGCAUGGUGGUGGGCAUCGUGGCGGCCGCCGCCCUCUGCAUCCUCAUCCUCCUCUACGCCAUGUACAAGUACCGCAACCGUGACGAAGGCUCCUACCAUGUGGACGAGAGCCGCAACUACAUCAGCAACUCGGCCACUCAGCCCAACGGCAGCGCCAAGGACAAACCGCUGGGCAUCGCCAAGAUCUCCAAGAACAAGAAGAACAAAGACAAGGAGUAUUACGUCUGAAGCGGACACACCUUUCCCCCUCCCCCCAGAAACAGACAAAUAUGCCUACACCUUUAUAUAUAACAAUAUAUGUACAUAAAUAGAUAUAUUCUCCAAGAAAAAAAAAGAAAGUCAUACACAGGGGCAUAGACAUGAUGAUUUUAAUAUUUACUCUCCAAUAAUCACACCUGCACACAUUCUGUCAAGCACAAACACACACAAACAAGUCCACAUGCACACAUUCAAGCACAAACAUACAUUCAAAGACGGACCUGGGGGCCUGGGCCCUCACUGUACAGUAUUUACCAAUGAGCAAGAGCCUCUGGCAGGGGCUUAUUUUAUGAGCAUUAACACCAUUCCAAAAGAGUUAGAAAGCACCAGUUCAACCACCAUUUCGGCUCCAGUCUGGUCUGCCACAGUCUGGCCAGAGUGCGAGGGGUGAAAACCAGACUUCAAGUGAAGCAUGCGGCAGGCCGAGCGAGAGGCAGUGCACCCGAACAAAGAUGAUGUAAAAGCACUAAGUGUCUCUUCCAAGCUUCUUGGCCUUCCUCCCUGUUAGCAGACAGGACUCGAUGAAGCACAGCGGACGGCGAGGAAACAAGCACACCAGUGGCUCAAAGUUUAGCCUAAAGGACAGGAACUCAGUGUGUAGCCAUAGAGACGGUGAAUUACUACAAGAAAAAACAGGGCUGGGUGAGCUGCUGAUGUUUUUUACAGCCUCCUGUAUAAAUCACAACGAAGGAAGCAGAGGAAACAAAGAGAUGUUUUUCCUGCGCUGGAUACUUGAGACUUUAGAUGCUACCUACAGACACCAGUGAGGCGUGGCCGCUGUGUCUCCCCUGGCGUACACACGGAACAACAUAAACUGACUCUAAAGACAACAAGACGGUGAAUUGAUCACUAUGAUAAAGACGAAUAUCAAGGAUCAUUUGGACAGUACAGACUUUGGGGAAGGGAGAUGUGGGGGGGAAUCUUAUUGCACGUGAAUUAUCUUACUCCGUGUGAUUUAUACUCCGUUGAAUCUCCAGAUACACCGCCAUCGUAAACUCCACCACUUCGGCUUCCAGACAUUCGCUUCAAAUGUCGAGUAAAUUACUGGUUUUCGACAGUAAUUUAAGGCCCCGUCCACACUGACAGAGAUUUGAAUCACAAUUGAAAUGGUUCUUCUGUAAUUUGCAACAAUAUUUUUUAAAGUGAAGAUUUGCUUACAUAAUAGAAAUUGAUCUCUAUUAUGUAAGCAAAUCUUCACUUAUUUUGCCUAUUUUGCACAAUGAUGAAAAUUAGAGGAUUAAAAUUAAUUUAAUGUUUUUUUUCCCAUUGAUGAACAACUUUAUAAACGUCAGCUGAAUAACUGAAAGAUAGGUAUAUAUAAAGAAUUGACUGAUUUUAAUGCUUCUGGCUUUAUUUGCCAGAAAGAAAGUCAGAAGAAACUUUUUGACAAUUUGCUAAAUGUCUCCUUACAUCCAACUUUCUUGUUGUCUUUCCAUUCUAUCCUUCCUUUCUUCUAUAACUGUUCCUACUCUUUUUUCUUUCUCUUCUUUGCAUCCUUCAUCUUUUCUUCCUUUUGUUGGGUUUGUUUCUUCUCCCUUCUCCUUUUCUCCCUCAUAUCCUUCCUUCCUUCCUCUCCUGCAUCUGUUGUUCCUUUUCUUCCUACCUUCCUUUUCUCCAUUUGUUCUUCUUAUCCAGUGCUCUUUUCCUUCCUUCCUCUUUAACUUCAGACUUUUCUUUCUUUCUGUCCUUUAUUGUUUCUCUUGGUCAUAUCCUCCAUUCUUUCCUCUAAUAGAUUCUUAGUUCUACUUUGUUCAAUGAGAAUAUCAAUAAAUAUGGAAAAUAUGAUUAAAUGCAGUUAUGAUUAAAUCCAGCUUAGUGACACAAAUCACAUCUUUUUGUGAUUGGUUUAAAGCAACGUUUUACAAAUGGAAAUGUUUUGCAAGAUCAGUAUUACAAUAGUGCCACAAAAUAUUGUGAUAAAACUUUCAGUCCUAUCGCCCUCCCUUGAUGUUUAGCCUAACUUUGCUUUAGCCAGGCUCAUAAUCUUCUCCACCACUUCGGCUUCAAGUAUUCCCAGACAUUUGCUUCAAAUAGUUUGGUAAUAUUAGUUACGUAAUGUUGAAUCUCAACAUUACGUAACUAAUGUUGAGAUUCAACAUCUGCUGAUGCAAGAACGGUGUUACGCUGACUUUUUGAAUUUGAACUUCUCAAAUCCCACAGUGGUUUACUUUCUUACUCUUCAUAAACAGAUAAAAAAUAAUAAUUGUUUAUUUAAAAAGAUCUCCAGAGCAGUGCAGCCGGGGCCUGAAUCUUUGAAUUAAAUCUCAGUUUAAAUCUUUCAUUGACAAAGUGUGACCAUCUGGACUGUGCUGCAUGCCGAGUCUCUGAGCUGUGCUGUGGAGUGGUGGUGUGUCCAAACCCUACAGAGGUUUACUUGGUUUAAACUGGUGGAGGAUGUUGCCAUGCAACACCUGGAUGUAUAUCUGCGUGUAUGUGAGUUUGCGUGUGGCCCAUGCCCUAUUUUCUAGUUUGAUGUCCUAUUGGCCACAGCCACUACACCUGCUCCAAUUGACCACCUUUCAAAGCGAAAACCAGCCUAGGAAAAGACCAACCAAGAGAACCAAGUAGAUGUUUUCACAUGUUGCUAAUAGAUAGACAAGUCCAGUUCUUGAUGCCAUCAGCUACGCGACACCUUGAGUUUUCUCUCUUUUAAUUUCCUUCCGUGCCCUGACACAAUCGUUCUGUUGGGUUUUCCUUACAGACUUUUGAAGUGUAUGAACCCAGCUCCUGAUUUGACACAAGCAGUGCCAUGAUUCAGCAAAGCCCCUUCCAGUUCUUCCGAAAACGUGACCCAACCAGGCAAGAUGCAUGUAAUACGGACCGGGGGCUUGGAAGAACAUGAAACUGACUGAAGCGUGUGAGAUUUCAGUGUAUUGUCCAAAUUAACAGAACAUGUUUGCAUAUUUUAUUCAUCCUAAACUGGCCUUUUUUGCCCUCUUUACCCUGAUUUUCGUCCCCCUCUCUCUCCUCCUUUAUCCACGUCUAUGGCUUUCUUUCUCUUCUAUCUCCAUGUUGUGUUGUCAUUCGAAACAGAGGGAGGCCUCUCCACCGAUGGGAUCCCACAUUUAGGUGUUCAUUAACCAUGUUUAUUUUCUAUAUGUACAAUUUUUCUACAGUAUUUACUUUUAUUGUUACGGUUCUUUGAUGAACAUAAAGUGGAAAUUUAUUAAAAAAAUAGUUUUGAAGAUUAAUGAGUAAAUAAAAUAUUACCCAAGUGAGCCUGGA